AUGGCGGCCGGCGCUGGAAACUCGGGCUGGACCCAGCUACGGCAACAAGUGCGAUCUCUGGAGAGCCAGACCGAGAGUCUCCUCCAGACAUACUCGCAACUGUCGACGGCAUCGUCCAGGCCGGCCAAGCCGGCAGAGCAAGAGCGGCAAACAGAGGCAAAGCUGCAGGAGAUUCUAGAAAAGAGAGACGGCCUGAUCCAGAAGCUCACCCGCCUGCUCGAGUCCGACCCAACCCUCACGUCCUCUGCCGUCAAGCAGAACAACCUGACGCUGCUACGGGAGAAGCUGGCUGAGCACCGCAAGGACUUGGCGCGGCUGAAGGGCCAACUUGCCGAGGCCCGCGACCGCGCGAAUUUGCUGGCACAUGUGCGCGACGACAUCGAUGCCUACCGCGCCGGCAGCAGCCGUGCAGGAGACCGCAACGACAUGGGCGAGGCCAGCGAGGCCGAGUACAUGCUGGGCGAACGUGGCCGCAUCGACCGCAGCCACGACAUGGUGGACAGCGUGCUGAGCCAGGCGUACGCGGUCAAUGAGAAUUUUGGCAUCCAGCGUGAGACACUCGCCAAUAUCAACCGGCGCAUAACGCUGGCAGCCAGCCAGGUGCCCGGGAUCAACACACUGAUAGGUCGCAUCUCGACCAAGAAGCGCCGCGAUGGCAUAAUCAUGGGCUCGUUUGUCGCCCUGUGCUUCGUGGUGUUCUGGUUCUUUCUGUGA